UUCUGCUUCAGAUGCGGCGGUGACGCGAUGUCGGCGGCGCCGGCGGUGAAGCGCGAGCGCGAGUGCGAGGGCGCGGUCGCGGCGGGUGCGGAGGCGGAGGGCGGAGGCAGCCCGGGCCGCAAGCGCCGCAAGCAGGCGGCGCCGGCGCGCGCUCAGCCGCACGAUCUGCACGCCAAGAUGCAGGACAUCUACAAGAGCGCGCUGGCCUUCGGCGAGCUGGCGCUACCCGCCUUCGACCCGCUGGCCGCCUUCCGCCUGCUGCCGCGCCACGAGCCGCCGCGCAUCUUCAACCCCGAGGCCUAUUGCGACCUGUGCUGCAAGGAGUUCUGCAACAAGUACUUCCUCAAGACGCAUCGCGCCAACAAGCACGGCAUCUACGACGCCGACCAGCAGCCACCCGCUCCGCCCGGCCCGCCCUCGCUGCAGCCUUCGCCGCCACGCCGCUUCUCCGACGAGGACUCCGGCGGCACCCCGCGCCGCCUGUCCCCCGACUCGGCGCGGCGCGCGCGCGAGGCCGCUUUCCAGCCCGAUGCGUUGCGGCGCCUCGGCGUGGCCAACCCGGAGGCGUUCUGUGAGAUCUGCUGCAAGGAGUACUGCAACAAAUACUUCUUGCGGACCCACCGGGAGCGGCGGCACGGCGUCCCGCCGCUGCGGUCCCCCGUCGCCGAGCGAUCGCCGGCGGCCGCCACGCCGCCCGCGCUCACCCCGCACUCGACCUCGCCGCUCGCACCCACCCCGCCGCGCGCCCUCUCCCUGCCACCCCCGUUCGACACCGAGGAACCACUCGAAGUGAAGCGAGAACGUGAAGAUCGAGAAGACUUCGAGGCAGCGCUGCGGGAGGGCCAAACGAGUCCCCUGAAUUUAAUAGUGGAGGAGCGCGGCGGCGCCUCUCCCGGCUCGGCCAGCGAGGAGCUGCGCAAGCUGCAGACGAUGAUAUCGCAGCUGAACGAGCUGGCGGCGGAGCGCCUCGCCGACGAGCCGCACGACGCGCCGCGCCCGCCGUCCGCCUCGCCGCCGGCGCCGGACGAGCGGCGCGCGGGUGCGGCCGGCUCCAGCUUCUGCGAGAUCUGCAACAAGGAGCUGUGCAACAAGUACUUCAUGCGCACGCACAUGCAGCGCAUGCACGGCAUCUCGCUGGAGAGCGGCACGCAGCUGGGCGGAGUGACGUGCGACAUCUGCCACAAGGAGCUGUGCAGCAAGUACUUCCUGCGCGUGCACAAGCACAACACGCACGGCGUGCCCGCGCCGCCCGCGCCCGCCGGCGCCGCGCCGCCCGAGCCUUGCCCGCUGUGCGCGCGGCGCUUCCGCGGGCCGCGAGCGUUGCGCGCGCACCUGCUGGCCGAGCACGCACCGCCCGCGCGCCCGCCGCCGCCCGCGCCGCGCCUCGACCUGCUGCGCGACAAGCCCUACGCCUGCGCCUACUGCCCCUUCAGCACCGACGUGCUGGCCUUCCUGUUCGCGCACGAGCGCGCGCACACGCAGCGCGCCGAGGCGGAGGCGGGCGAGGCGGAGGGCGAGAGCGCGGCCGAGCCCAGCGACAGCGGCGAGGGCAGCGGCUCGGCCGAGGGCGAGGCCGACGCGUACUCGUGCUCGCGCUGCGAGUUCCGCGCGGAGGGCUUCGCAGCGCUGGAGGCGCACGUGCGCGCGGUGCACGGCGGCGCGGGCGCGCUGCUGGCCGUCCCGCGGGCGCCGCGCGCGCCGCUCACCAUGCAGCCCUUCGUGCUGGAGGAGGCGGGCGGCGCGCUCAGCCUGCUGCCCGCGCUGGUGUUCCUGCCCGUGCGGCGCCGCGCCACGCGCCGCGCCACCGUGACGCUGACGCUGACGCCGGCCUAG